AAACAACCACCAAGUCCACCAUAUUCGAACUUAACUUAUUUUUUAUAUGGGUUUUAUGUUUGUUCUUCAUAUUAAACGAUUUUAACCACAAUAAAUUUGUUGCUGAAAAAAAGCUUAAAUUCCCCAAUGUCAACGACAAAUCCUUUGACUCAUUUCCAAAUUUUAAGUUUACCAACCAAACCCAAUCUUCUUACAACUCACUCUAACUUUCCUUCUUGUUCCAUUUCCUUUCACCAUCGUUGUUCUUCCCCAAAAUCAUCAAUUUCUUGUGAUUUUCUUUCUGUGAUGUACCCAAUUUCCUUAGAUAGAAGAAAAAGAAGUUUAAUGGGUGAAAAGUUCCAAAAAAUCGCUGCUUUAAGGUCAGAAGAUGAAGAAGAAAACAUCCAUGUUCUUGAGCAAGAAGUUUUACUUGAUGGGCCUUCCAAAUUUCGCUCUUUUCUUCUUUCUCCUGAAUUCGAAUCCACUCUAAAUCGUUUGAGUAAGUGGGUGGUUUCUGUUCUAUUUGGUGCUUUCAUCCUUUGGAGACAUGAUGCUCAAGCCGUGUGGGCUGCCAUGGGUUCUGUUCUGAACUCUGUGCUCUCUGUUGUUUUGAAAAGAGUCUUGAAUCAAGAGCGUCCGAUUGCGAAUGUGAGAUCGGAUCCUGGCAUGCCAUCAUCCCAUUCGCAAUCCAUCUUUUAUAUUGUGGUGUUUUUCAUUAUGUCAAUGAUUGAGUGGCUGGGUGUGAACGAAACCACUGUGAUCUUUGCGGCUGUUUCUCUGGCAUUUGGCUCAUAUCUUUCAUGGCUAAGAGUCACACAAAAACUCCACUCAAUCGACCAGGUGAUAGUAGGUGCUGUCUUGGGUUCCUGUUUUUCUCUAGCUUGGAUAUGGUCCUGGAAUGCUGUUGUCUCAGAAGCAUUUAGUUCCAUUGUAUGGGUUCAGGUUUCUGUCUUGUUGGCAUCUGCUAUCUGUUGUCUGGCGUUCGUUUUAUACGUGAUACUUAACUGGUUUAGAAAUGAUCGAUGAUAUACUACUUAAUUAACUUACGAAGAAGUAUUCUGUAAUUGACAUUCUUGUAAUUUUUCAGCAUAGGAGCUUCUUUUAGCAAGUAUGAAAUGUGAGCUCUGUUCAACCCUUUCUUACUCUA